UUAGAUUUCUAGUCUGGUAGCUUUGCGUGAAACUGGGCUGAUUCUUGGAAGGGCGAUGGCGAAAGGCAGCCAGACCGUGCGUGUGGAUCAAUCCUUUCGAGGAAGAGCUUGUGGAGGAGGGAGGGAGGAGGCGAUCAUCUGGUGAUCGCAAAUCGCAAUGCGGCGCAUGGAUUUCUUGCUACUGUCGCUGUGGAUCGCAUGGCAAUCUUGUCUUGUUUGCGCAAUUCCGAUCGGCGCGCGGCCGCACAGCGCAUCGAUCGUGGAUUUUGGGGCCAUCGGCGACGGCGUGACGCUCAACACGCUCGCGUUCCAGAAUGCGAUGUUCUACCUCAGCUCCAUCACGGCGACCGACAAAGGCGGCGCCAUGCUCUACGUCCCGGAAGGCCGCUGGCUCACUGGCAGCUUCAACCUCACCAGCCAUUUCACGCUCUAUCUGGAGCGAGGAGCGGUGAUUCUUGGUUCUCAGGAUCCAUCGCAGUGGCCAAUUAUUGAUCCAUUGCCAUCGUAUGGAAGAGGGCGUGAGCUUCCCGGCGGUAGGCACAUCAGCCUCGUCCACGGAGAGAAUUUGGAAGACGUCGUCAUCACGGGUACGCUCUUUUCCUCUUUUCCGCUGGCCACACCGGCUUUUUCCUUUGUUCUUUCUUUUGUUCUAGGCGAGAAUGGAACCAUCGAUGGCCAAGGAGCCAAAUGGUGGCGAUGGUCCAAGCUCGGGCUUCUCAAUCACACCAGAGGCCAUCUCGUGGAGUUCGUCAGCUCGACCAACAUCAUCAUCUCGAACGUUACGCUUGUGAAUUCCCCGUUCUGGACGCUCCAUCCAGUCUACUGCACCAACGUCCUGAUCCAGGGAGUGACAAUCCUCGCGCCGCAGGACUCGCCCAACACCGAUGGCAUCGAUCCAGGUAAAGAAAUCCUUCCAAAGUUUCUCAAACUUUCUUCCCUGGAUCUCUCUCAAAACUUUGGUGGCUCUUCCAAGAGUUCUUCCAGAUUCCAGCUCCAACGUUUGCAUCCAGGACUGCUACAUCAGCAACGGAGACGACAUGAUCGCCAUCAAGAGCGGCUGGGACGAGUACGGCAUCGCUUACGGCCAGCCCAGCUCCAACAUCCAUAUCCGUCGAGUCACCGGACAGACCAAGCGGGGGGCCGCCAUAGCCAUCGGAAGCGAGACCUCGGGUGGCAUAGAGAACGUCCUGGUGGAAGACCUCGUCGCAGUGAGCACCAAGUCGGGAAUUUCCAUCCGGACUGGCGUCGGCAGGGGCGCCUACAUCCGAAACGUUGUCCUCUCCAGCAUCACCUUGCUCGACAUCCAGACCGCCAUCACCAUCUCCGGCUUCUCCAGCGAGCACCCGGACAACGGUUUCAACGCCACCGCUUUCCCAGUCGUAGAAAAGGUGACGGUCAGGGGAGUCACGGGCAACACACUGGACAGGCCCGGACGAAUUCUGGGAAUCCCGGAGGUGCCUUUCAGAGAUAUCUGCUUGGAGGACAUAGCGCUGGAUGCUACCACCGGACUGACCGCCUGGAAGUGCACGGACGUGGAGGGCUACUCGUCCUCGGUGACACCAAAGAUAUGCUCGCAACUGUCCGAGAACAACACCCCCGAUGCCCGCCCGUUCCAGCUCCCAGCGAUCCCAUGGUGCUGACAACUUCUAGCGGCAAAGUCGCUCUCCGGGGAAACGUACUAGAGUUCCUGCUCGCGAUUGCCACGCACGCUUUGUUAUAGCAAAGCGGAAAAAAAAAAAAAAAA